AGCGACAUAACCAUUAUACCAUCUGCUGGUUCUAACAUCUGUUUACUUACUUGUCUAUUUAUUUGCUGUGAUUUUCAAGCCACUGUGUUCUGGACCUGAACCAUGGUUGGCCAUGUGGGAAUCCAGCACCUUAACUACCAGAGGACCUUCUGACCUACAUGCAUUAGUUUCAAUUUUAAGUAACGUAAUUUACACUGACCAUUUAUUACACUAUACAUUUCUGAUAAUCAUAUUUUGAUUUUUUUAAAGAACUUGGCUGUUUUUUCUGAUUUUACUACUAGAAGGAUAUUUCCAAUUGAAUACUAUUACUGAAAAAUGAUUUCUAUGAUCUUAGGAUUUCAAAUAUUAAAGCUGUAAUGGAAUGCAUUGCUAUGACAUGCUUCACAGAUUGAGACUACAUGGGAAGCCUGGUUUUAUUCUUGGUUCAACAUAAAUGCUGGGCACAGAGGCCAAUGUGUCUGCAGUCCCAGCAAUUUUAAAGUCUGAAUAGGAGAAUCAGUAUCUUAAAAUAUUCUUGUGCUGUAUAGCCAAGGCUAACUGUGGUAGUUAUAAUCCUGGCUGGGCAGGUGAGGCUUUAUAUGUAUUUGUGUGUAUGUGUGUGUGUGUGUGUGUGUGUGUGUGUGUGUAUGCGUACAUGCACACUUAACUGAUUCUAAUAGAAUUAAGACCAAAUAGUUUUAGGAAUAGUGACAUAAAGUAGUGCUGAUAAAGCAGAACUCUUAAUAGUAAUAACACUCUUGGCUGAUUUUACUACUAGGACAUUAUUUUCUGUAUUCAAGGGUAGCUGAACUGGCUCCAUGACCUAACGGAUAAGGAGCUAUAUCCCACAUGGCCAACCAUGGAUGAUGCUGACAAAAUUGAACAUAAUGGUUCUUCUGAAAUGACCAUGGAUGUAGAAUCAGACAAUCCUUGUAAAGUGGAUGAUACUUGCCCUGAAGUUAUCAAGGUGUAUAUUUUUAAAGCUGACCCAGGAGAGGAUGACUUAGGUGGAACUGUAGACAUUGUAGAGAGUGAGCCUGAUAAUGACCGGGGAGUUGAAGUUCUUGAUCAGAACAAUAGUGUUCGUGUUCCCAGGGAAAAGAUGGUUUAUAUGGCUGUCAAUGACUCUCAGCAAGAAGAUGAAGAUUUAAAUGUUGCUGAAAUUGCUGAUGAAGUUUAUAUGGAAGUAAUUGUAGGAGAAGAGGAUGCUGCUGUUGCAGCAGCAGCAGCUGCAGCUGCAGUACAUGAACAGCAAAUGGAUGAUAAUGAAGUGAAAACUUUCAUGCCAAUAGCAUGGGCAGCAGCCUAUGGUAAUAAUUCUGAUGGAAUUGAAAACCGGAAUGGCACUGCAAGUGCCCUCUUGCACAUAGAUGAGUCUGCUAGCCUCAGCAGAUUGGCUAAACAAAAACCAAAGAAAAGGAGAAGACCUGAUUCCAGGCAGUACCAAACAGCAAUAAUUAUUGGUCCUGAUGGACAUCCUUUGACUGUCUAUCCUUGCAUGAUUUGUGGGAAGAAGUUUAAGUCAAGAGGUUUUUUGAAAAGGCACAUGAAAAACCAUCCCGAGCACCUUACCAAGAAGAAGUACCACUGUACUGACUGUGAUUACACUACUAACAAGAAGAUAAGUUUACACAACCACCUAGAGAGUCACAAGCUGACCAGUAAGGCAGAGAAGGCCAUUGAAUGUGACGAGUGUGGGAAGCAUUUCUCUCAUGCUGGGGCUUUGUUUACUCACAAAAUGGUGCAUAAGGAAAAAGGAGCCAACAAAAUGCACAAGUGUAAAUUCUGUGAAUAUGAGACAGCUGAACAAGGGUUAUUAAAUCGCCAUCUUUUGGCAGUCCACAGCAAGAACUUUCCUCAUAUCUGUGUAGAAUGUGGUAAAGGUUUUCGUCACCCAUCAGAGCUCAAAAAGCACAUGAGAAUCCAUACUGGGGAAAAGCCGUACCAAUGCCAGUACUGUGAAUAUAGGUCUGCAGACUCUUCUAAUUUGAAAACUCAUGUAAAAACUAAGCAUAGUAAAGAGAUUCCAUUCAAAUGUGACAUUUGUCUUCUGACUUUCUCGGAUACCAAAGAGGUGCAGCAGCAUGCUCUUACACACCAAGAAAGCAAAACACAUCAGUGUUUGCAUUGUGACCACAAGAGUUCAAACUCAAGCGAUUUGAAACGACACAUAAUUUCAGUUCACACAAAGGACUACCCCCAUAAAUGUGAUAUGUGCGACAAAGGCUUUCAUAGACCUUCAGAACUCAAGAAACACGUGGCUGCCCACAAGGGUAAGAAAAUGCACCAGUGUAGACAUUGUGACUUUAAGAUUGCAGAUCCGUUUGUUCUAAGCCGCCAUAUUCUCUCAGUUCAUACAAAAGAUCUUCCCUUUAGGUGUAAGAGAUGUAGAAAGGGAUUUAGGCAACAGAAUGAGCUUAAAAAGCAUAUGAAGACACACAGUGGCAGGAAAGUGUAUCAGUGUGAGUAUUGUGAGUAUAGCACUACAGAUGCCUCAGGCUUUAAAAGGCAUGUCAUUUCCAUUCAUACAAAAGACUAUCCACACCGAUGUGAAUAUUGUAAGAAGGGAUUCCGAAGACCUUCAGAAAAAAACCAACACAUAAUGCGACAUCAUAAAGAAGUUGGCCUGUCCUAACAAUAUUUGUUUUGUAACUUUGUAAAGAUACUGGCCUGUAACAAAAAUUUUAUUUUUUAAGUCAGUUUUAUUCACAAACUACUUCGUACAUUGAUUUACGUUGUGUACAAGUAUGAUUAUUGCUUCUUGACUCUUUACCUUUUUUUCAGUAGAGUAUUCUGGACCUGAUUCAGUUUAUUUAAUUCAUGAGGAGAAAUGGCAACAAUCAAAUUGCUGUUAAUAAAUCAAUCCUUGAUUUGAUCCUGAAUUUUUUAUCUUAGAAGUUACACUACUUAAGUAUAUACUUGAUUGUACUCUUCUAAGACAAGUAAUUUAAUAUUGGAAACUCUGAAAGUAAUUAUUUGACCCUUUUUUCUCACAUAAAAAUUUCAUAUUAAAUAGGGACAUAUACUACUAUAAAUGAGAGACUUUACUUUCAAGUAUUCUUUAACACCAUGUGGGCAUAUGGAAAUCAUUUCUUGUCUUGCGUAGUGUUUUCAGAUUAUAUGACAAUGAAAGUAUCCACUUAUAUCUCUAGUUGCUUAAUAUGGAACAUAGACUAUGUAUUUAAUUUUCAUUAUGCUUAGCAGGGAAGAUACUCUUCUUUAGCUUACUUUUCAGUGUUUUACAUCUGUUUUUAGCAUAGUGAACUUCUAGAAAAUCUUACUGAAAAGUUUUUCUCAUUCCUUCUUUUUUGCCCUGUCUGUACUGCUUUGUGUUAUAAUAGAUGUUCUACAAAUUAUAUAUAUUACAGAAUGAAUUUUGGAAUCUUUUGGAGUUAAACUGUGACUCACCAGAUUUUUUAUAACUCGAUGUGUUAAGUGUACCCUAAAUUUUAUAUGUGCUUUUAUGUUCUUAUUACAUAUUUAUACACACAAUUCCAAAUUUUAAAUUUAUAGUGAAGAAAUAUUUGUAAACUAUUGAUAGAUAUUCAGAGACACUAAAAUUUGGGUGAAGAAUUAGAAGGACCAAGAGGAUGCUUGUAUGAGUGAAGAAAAUAUUACUGGUUAUUGAAAAGUGGAAGUUAAACUAUUUCCAGAUUGAAUGCUUUUAUAUAAGUUCAGCUUUUACCUUAAAUAUUUUUGAAAUACUAAUUGAGACAUAGCCUUCUUACGUCUAAGAAUCCUGUGAAGAGAACUUUUUGCUCUCCUAAAGUAAGAGGAAAAAAGAUGAUGUUAUGGGGGCUCCACUUAAUAGAAUGAAUUUAUAAUGACAGUUUAGUGCAAGUUUAGCCUGCUUUUGUUUUUUUUAGAUAGGCAACUUUGAAAAGACAUAACACUUAAGUUGGCAUUGAUUGAAAAAUAAACAUUACAAGUACAUUAUACAAAUCUGUAGCCUUAUUUGGAAUAAAUAUCAACAAUUUUUCUGUUUGAUUUUUAAGAGCUAUUU